UUGCUUUCAGGGACAUCAUCCUACUCUCAUCAAGGUUAUGGCUGUGAAUCAAAGCUGUAUAGCCUUGACCAUGGCCAUGAGAAACCUCAAGACAAGAAAAAGAAAACCUCUGGCCUCGCCACCCUCAAGAAGAAAUUCAUUAAACGUCGGAAAUCUAGCCGAUCUGCUGAUCAUGCCAAGCAGAUGCGCGAACUCCUCUCAGGCUGGGAUGUCAGAGAUGUUAAUGCAUUAGUAGAAGAAUACGAAGGGACGUCAGCCUUAAAGGAACUUUAUCUACAAGCUAAUUUGGCACGACCAGAAGCCAGGACGCUACAAAAAGACAUGGCUGAACUUUAUCAGUACAAAUACUGUACUGAUGUAGACUUAAUAUUUCAAGAAACUUGUUUUCCUGUGCAUCGUGCGAUUUUGGCGGCAAGAUGUCCAUUUUUUAAGACACUGCUUUCUUCCUCACCUGAGUAUGGGGCAGAAAUAAUAAUGGAUAUUAACACAGCUGGCAUAGAUAUGCCUAUGUUUUCUGCUUUGUUACACUACCUUUAUACAGGAGAGUUUGGAAUGGAGGAUUCAAGAUUCCAAAAUGUUGAUAUCCUUGUGCAGCUUAGUGAAGAAUUUGGAACACCAAAUUCCUUAGAUGUUGACAUGCGUGCACUGUUUGAUUACAUGUGCUACUACGAUGUGGUUCUUAGCUUUUCAUCCAACUCUGACUUAGUUGAAACUUUUGGUGGAAGUCAGAACUGUCUAGAUGAAGAGCUCAGAGCUCACAAAGCUAUUAUUUCAUCACGAUCUCCAUUUUUUCGUCACUUGCUGCAGAGGAGGAUACGAACUGGCGAGGAAAUCACAGACCGAACUCUACGAACUCCAACUAGAAUUAUAUUGGAUGAAUCUAUCAUACCAAAAAAAUAUGCUAAGGUCAUUUUGAACUGUAUGUAUACAGAUGUGGUGGACCUCUCUGUUUUGCACUCCAGCCCUUCAGUGGGCAGUUUAAGUGAAGUUCAGGCUCUUGUAGCAGGAAAACUAAACAUGACUAGGGCUGAAGAAGCUAUGGAGCUUUAUCACAUAGCACUGUUCUUGGAGUUUAACAUGCUUGCACAAGGCUGUGAAGAUAUUAUUGCUGAGAGCAUCUCACUAGACACCUUAAUUGCCAUUCUAAAGUGGAGCUCUCAGCCGUACGGUUCCAAGUGGGUACAUCGUCAAGCGCUACAUUUCCUCUGUGAGGAGUUUACGCAGGUCAUGACUUCAGAUGUCUUCUAUGAACUCAGCAAGGACCACCUGCUCACAGCCAUUCAGUCUGACUAUUUACAGGCAAGUGAACAAGAUAUUCUUAAAUAUCUGAUUAAAUGGGGAGAACACCAGUUGAUUAAGAGAAUAGCAGAUCGAGAGCCUAAUUUACUCAGUGGUACUGCUCACAGUGUGAACAAAAGAGGUGUGAAGAGGAGAGAUCUUGACAUUGAGGAGCUGAGAGAGAUCUUGUCUCCGCUUUUACCUUUUGUCCGCAUUGAGCACAUCUUACCCAUGAAUAGUGAAGUACUGAGUGAUGCAAUGAAGAGAGGCCUGAUUAGUACUCCUCCUUCAGACAUGCUACCAACAUCAGAAGGUGGAAAGUCAAAUGCCUGGCUGCGGCAAAAAAAUGCUGGAAUAUAUGUGCGGCCAAGACUGUUCUCACCAUAUGUGGAGGAGGCGAAGAUCUUGAUGAAAUUCCACCGGAAACAAAGCAGCGUUCUGAGGGAAACCUCCCUGGUUUCCAGCCAGUUUGCCGGCCCAGCUCCUCGGCAGCCCUCCUGGCAGGCGGAUGGCAAGUCAGUACUGGAUGAGAUGAUGGUGGAACAAACCGAUCUUGUUCGUUUGCGGAUGGUCCGAAUGUCCAACGUGCCCGACACCCUUUACAUGGUGAACAACGCAGUGCCGCAGUGCUGUCACAUGAUUACUCACCAGCAAGUUAGCACUAACCAGUCCAGUCCUCCUUCAGUUAUAGCCAAUGAGAUCCCAGUUCCCAAUCUCCUCAUUGUAAAAGAGAUGAUCAAGCGGCUGCAGGAGCUGCGUCACACCGAGCAGGUGCAAAGAGCGUACGCACUCAAUUGUGGGGAAGGUGCCACAGUCAGUUAUGAGAUUCAGAUUCGGGUCCUGCGGGAAUUCGGACUUUCUGAUGCUGCUGCCGAACUUCUGCAGAAUCCCCACAAAUUCUUUCCUGAUGAGCGAUUUGGGGACGAAAGCCCACUCCUGACAAUGAGACAGUCUGGACGAUGUCGCGUUAACAGCACUCCCACUGCAGAAACCAUGUUUACAGAACUGGACUCUUUUGUGGCCUUCCAUCCACCAUUACCCCCGCCUCCACCUCCAUACCACCCACCAGCAACUCCUAUUCAUAACCAGUUCAAAGUGGGCUGGAAACAAAGGGUGCCAAGUCAACAUCCCUCCCGUUCCUUUUCUUACCCGUGUAAUCACUCGCUGUUCCACUCCCGAACCGCUCCCAAAGCUGCACCGCCCGUCUACUUGCCCAGUGUGAAAGCAGCACCUCCCGAUUGCACUAACACGACAGCUCUGGGGAGGCAAACGGUGGCUGCGGCAGCAGCAGUGAUGGCAGCUGAGAAGCAAGUAUGUACUCAGCCCUUGCUAAAUGAACUGAUGCCAGAUAUCGCAAUGGGUGUGUCAGCAAUGUCUCUGAAAGACAAAAGAUUACCAGAGCUCACGGUCGACACAGAAUUAAGCCAGACGGUUACAGAGGUAGGGCCCGGUCCACCCCAGCAUAUUUCAUGUAUUCAGAACAGACACAUGCCCACUUCUCGAUAUCCUGACUUCUAUGACUUCUCUAAUGCUGCAUGCAGACCCUCUACUCCAGCACCCAACAGGCACAGUCCUUCACCUUCACAAGGCAUAUAUUUUGGCCCAGAUUUGUACAGCCACAAUAAGGCAUCACCAAGUGGCUUAAAGUCAGCCUAUCUACCUUCCCAGAUAUCUCCUAAAAAGCAAGAAGAUUCUAGGAGGGAAUACCUGCUCUCCCAAGAUGGGCAUCAACACAGACAAAAGAAUGAGCCAAUACACCUCGAUGUCUUAGAACAACCUCCCCAGCGACUGGACUUGGCGUUGGCUACCCAGGAAAAUGCUGGUAAUGGCCCGGUUCACGUCAGGGGAAGAACAAAAAUGGAAACCGAUUUAACCUAUGGGCUAACCUCCAACAGACCUUCACUCUCUGCAUACCCCUUGGAAAUGCAAGAAGAGAGACCCAGUAGGAGAGUGGCAGAUGAUGAGCUGUUGGAACAUGGAGCACAGAGGAAUGCAGAUUUGGAAAGGGAAGAUGCAGUAAGCAGAGGAAGGAGGUCUCCAAACAAACCAGACUUCCUGUAUAAAAAAUCUGCCCUAUGAAAGCAACCUCCACUACUUCUCUGUGCCUAAGAGUUGUAAACAUCCCAUUCUUUGCAACUUUUGGCCUGACUUCUGUCAGACAAAUUCUUUCAUGCCAGCAGAUAAGUUCAGCUACGCUCACUCCUUUUGUACAUACGUUGCUUUAUUAGAGACAGCAUGUUAUCGGUUUGUUUUUAAUGCUGCUU